CGUAAUUUCGAAAGGAGGCAGCAGAAGAAGAGCGGAAAAGGGAAGAGAGAGACGAGGCAAAGCGUGGCCAUAAGCGCGAGAGAAGCUCGCGAGAGGAGCAGCCACGGAGGCAGAGCGAGAGAGGUGGAGUGAACGGGCGAUAAUCGAGGAUUUGAAUGGGUGGGCCGGGAGCCGGUAGGGUUAACAGGCACGAGCUGAACGCGGUGCCAAAGAGCGACGUCGGUCACGGGGAUAGGACCCUCGUAAUCGACGAGCCAACAGCACCAGCACCGGCCUGUCGGUGUCACCCGGCUUCGGACGCUGUGAUCUCAGCAUCUGGCCACCUGGUCCCCGCCCAACUGCCGCCUUCGCCGCCGCCACUCGCCUCGUUGCACAUCGACAACGUGAACAAUUGCAGCUCGAUCGGCAACAACACUACUGCCAAACCGGACGCGAUCUCGAACGAUACCAAAGCUGCUGCUACCAUGUCCUCGCCGCCCAAGCAUCGAAGGGGCUUCGACCCCAACGACGUAAACGCCACCGAUUAUCGCCGUUAUCGUCGAGUUAAGACGAGACGAGGCUUUGUAUGUUCCACACCGUGA